UUUUCACUUUUUUCGCGGCCAGUUUUCACCACAGACUCUUGAUCCGUUUGCACGUACGACUCGUAUUUGUGGGUGGCGGCGGUUAAUUUGCGCUUGAUUUCAGCAGAUCCAAAUUUUGUAACGCACAAAAAACUCAUCUAGUGUCUCUCCAUCUACCAGUCCGAGUGUAAUAACCACUAAAACCCAUCAAAAUGAUGUCCGAAUACUGGAUUAUCUCGGCGCCGGGCGAGAAGACCUGCGCCCAGACAUUCGACACGAUGAACAACCUGACCAGCAAGCAGCACAACCUCUGCAAUAACUACAAGUUCCAUAUACCCGACCUGAAGGUGGGAACGCUGGACCAGCUGGUCGGCCUGUCCGAUGAUCUGGGAAAGCUGGACUCGUACGUGGAGCAGAUCACCCGCAAGGUGGCUGUCUACCUGGGCGAGGUGCUGGAGGGUCAGCGGGACAAGCUGCACGAGAAUCUGCUGGCCAACAACACCGAGCUGCCGCAGUAUUUGACCCGUUUCCAAUGGGACAUGGCCAAGUAUCCGAUCAAGCAAUCGCUGCGCAACAUUGCGGAUAUCAUUUCCAAGCAGAUUGGCCAGAUCGAUGGCGAUCUGAAGACCAAGUCCCAGGCUUACAACAACCUCAAGGGAAAUCUGCAAAACCUGGAGAAGAAAAAGACUGGCAGCUUGCUGACCAGGAACUUGGCCGAUUUGGUCAAAAAGGAGCACUUCAUUCUGGAUUCGGAAUACCUGACCACUCUGCUGGUCAUUGUGCCCAAAGUCCUGACCAAUGACUGGCAUGCCAAUUACGAGAAGAUCACGGACAUGAUCGUGCCACGCUCAACGCAGCUCAUUCAGGAGGACAGCGACUACUAUCUCUUCAAUGUGACGCUCUUCAAGAAGGUCACCGAGGAGUUCAAGCUACAUGCCCGCGAGCGCAAAUUCAUUGUUCGUGACUUCGUCUACAACGAAGAAGAGCUGGCCGCCGGCAAGAACGAGAUGACCAAGCUGAUGACGGACAAGAAGAAGCAGUUUGGACCCCUUGUGCGUUGGUUGAAGGUUAACUUCAGCGAGGCAUUCUGUGCCCUCAUUCACGUGAAGGCCCUGCGCGUCUUUGUGGAAUCUGUGCUGAGAUACAGGCUGCCGGUCAACUUCCAGGCCAUACUGAUCGAGCCCAACAAGAAGAGCGUGAAGCGUCUGCGUGAUGUGCUCAACCAGCUGUACGGACAUCUGGAUGGUGCCUCGGCUGGCGGUCAAGUCAGCAGUGCUGAUAAUGUGGAUAUACCCGGCCUGGGCUUUGGCCAGUCCGAAUACUAUCCCUAUGUGUUCUACAAGGUCAAUAUCGAUAUGGUUGAGCAAAGCAAGGUCUAAGAUGUGCCGCCUGCUACACCCAUCAAUGCAACCAUCCAGCCAGCCCACAAAAUACAUAAUACACACACAACGAAGCAAAUAUACUAUUGAAAUCCAUCGGCUGAACCAGCAUUCGGAGUUGCUUUGGCAAAAUUAUACAGAAUUAAAAGCAGAAAUGAAAUAAACAGAAAGAAAAUAGUUAAAUUUAAAUAAUUUUAGUCAUUGUUAUAUAAUUAUUGUUGUUAUUUAUGUUUGCGCGUGUGCAGAAUUCUGUUUCAACUUAACUUCCGGCUAGAGAAAUCACAAGACGCGUCAGCAAUCCAAACAAAACUAAGCAAAAACGAACCGGACGUUUGCAGUGCUCCCAGAUAUUGUAGGAGCUUCUAUUUUGUAUCCUGUCCCCUGUCCAUCUUUAGUUUGCAAACCAGUAUUUUAUGUUGUUCUAAUGCCGUACUAUGAUUAUUACCAUAUGAUGAAUGAUAUGAAUGUUUAACACGUAGUUAAAGCCCAGGCGUUCCAGUCUCCUUUUGUGUUUGGUAGCAAUCCAAUAAACAUUUGAGUUAAAUUUUG